UCCAGCCGAGAAGGAAGCGGAAGGCCGGGCGUGCGCGUCGAAAGUUUGUGGUAUCUCCGGAGUAGCCGCGUCCUUCAGGGAGGGUUGUGACAGGCGCUUUCCCUGCAUUUUAUUUUUAGGUGGGAACAAGCAGUGCCCGCGCGCUGCUGUGCACCGACGGGCAUAGGGGUAGCCCCGCAGCUACUGUGCCCGAGAAGUGGGUGCGGGCAUUUCUUCCAGUUGUAGGAGACGCAGCCCCGUCGGUGCUUCUCGGGAAGCUGCGUUGUAACCGGACUAAAACCGCCUCUGCCCCGCUGGCGCUCCGCUUCCAUUCCAGGCCUCUUCCCAACCCCCGCUAGGCCUGACAGACUGUUCAGUUUUAUGUUGGAGAUGUCAGUACUGAGCGUUUUGGAGAACUGCAGGAAGCUGCACAGGCCUUGAUUUAUGCUGGGAUGGCAGGGUCCAACUUGGAAAAUAUUCAAGAAAAAAUAAAUGAGUACUUGGAGAGAGUUCAAGCUCUCCAUUCAGCAGUUCAGUCACAGAACACAGACCCUCUGAAGUCAAAACAACAGUUGGACUUGGAGCGUGCUCACUUCCUAGUUACACAAGCUUUUGAUGAAGAUGAUAAAGGCAAUGCAGAAGAAGCUGUAGAGUUGUACACAGAAGCAGUGGAACUCUGUUUGAAAACAGCUACUGAAACAUCAGAAGCAGGUCUCCAAUCAAAACUGAAACAGCUGGCUCGACAAGCACUGGAUAGAGCAGAAGCACUGAAGGAAUCUGUGUCAAAGUCAUCUCAGAAGGAGAAGUCAACUACAGUUAAACCAAAUCAACCAGUCAGAACAUUCUUUCCAUUGGGACCUGAUUUUUCUUUAAAUGAUAAACCACAGACAAUAAGAGCAGUACAAGCUAGUGAACCUCAAGGUCAGAGGUACACUGCGGAGGAGAUUGAAGUACUCCGGAAAACUUCAAAAAUUAAUGGCAUUGAAUAUGUACCUUUCAUGAGUGUUGAUCUGAGGGAACGCUUUGCCUUCCCUAUGCCAUUUUCUGAUAAAUGUGGGAAGUUACCAUUAUCUCCCAAACAGAAAGCGAUGUUUGCCAAGUGGGUGCGACCAGAUGACAUAACAAAUAACCCUACAAUGAUUUAUACUGUAUCAAGUUUCAGCAUAAAGCAGACAAUAGUGUCAGAUUGUUCUUUUGUGGCGUCACUUGCUAUCAGUGCAGCAUACGAAAGAAGAUAUAACAAAAAAUUGAUCACAAGUAUAAUUUACCCUCAGAAUAAGAAGGGAGAACCAGAAUAUAAUCCAUGUGGCAAAUACAUGGUGAAGCUUCAUAUCAAUGGUGUACCUAGAAAGGUAAUCAUAGAUGACCAGUUACCUGUUGAUCAUAGUGGGGAACUUCUCUGCUCUUAUUCUAACAAUAAGAAUGAGUUAUGGGUAUCACUAAUAGAAAAGGCUUAUAUGAAGGUCAUGGGAGGAUAUGAUUUUCCUGGAUCAAAUUCUAAUAUUGAUCUCCAUGCACUGACUGGUUGGAUACCUGAAAGAAUUGCUAUGCACUCUGACAAUCAAGCUUUCAACAAAGAUAGUACUUUCAGAAUGCUUUAUCAGAGAUUUCAUAAGGGAGAUGUCCUUAUCACAACAGCAACAGGGGUGAUGUCUGAAGAGGAAGGAGAAAAAUGGGGUUUAGUUCCAACCCAUGCGUAUGCUGUCUUGGAUAUAAGAGAAUAUAAGGGACUUCGAUUUCUUCAGUUGAAAAAUCCCUGGAGCCACUUGCGUUGGAAAGGACGAUACAGUGAAAAUGACACAAGAAAUUGGACCCCAGAUUUACAAAAAUACUUGAACUUUGAUCCAAGAACAGCUCAGAAAAUAGACAAUGGCAUUUUCUGGAUUUCCUGGGAGGACCUGUGCCAGUACUAUGAUGUUAUUUAUUUGAGUUGGAACCCAAGUCUUUUCAAAGAAUCUACGUGUAUUCACAGUACUUGGGAGGCAAAGCAAGGUCCGGUGAAGGAUGCCUACAGCCUGGCCAACAACCCUCAGUACAAGCUAGAGGUCCAGUGUCCGCAGGGCGGUGCUGCUGUCUGGGUUCUGCUCAGCCGCCACAUCACAGAUAAGGAUGACUUUGCACACAAUCGGGAAUUCAUUACAAUGGUUGUAUACAAGACUGAUGGCAAAAAAGUUUAUUAUCCAGCUGAUCCUCCUCCAUAUAUUGAUGGUAUUCGCAUCAACAGUCCUCAUUAUCUGACCAAGAUAAAGCUGACCUCUCCAGGGUCCCAUACAUUUACCUUAGUGGUAUCCCAGUAUGAGAAACAAAACACUAUUCAUUACACCAUCAGGGUGUAUUCCUUGUGCAAGUUCACCUUUUCCAAGAUUCCUACACCUUACACCAUUUCCAAACGGGUUAAUGGACAGUGGAAAGGUCACAGUGCUGGAGGAUGUGGAAAUUUCAGAGACACCUACAAAAAUAACCCCAUUUAUCAGUUCCAACUGGACAAGAAUGGGCCCUUAUUAAUUGAGCUACGGGGACCAAGGCAAUACAGUGUUGGUUUUGAACUUGUCACAGUCUCAACAGUAGGAGAUCCUGCUUCCUGUGGCUUUCAGAAAAAGAGCAGUGGUGACUACAGGUGUGGAUUUUGCUACUUGGAAGUGGAGAACGUAUUUGCUGGAGUUUACAACAUUAUCCCAACCACAUUCUUGCCUCAACAAGAGGGUCCUUUUUUCUUAGACUUUAACAGUGCUACUUCUCUUAAGGUAUCACAGCUGCAGUGAGGAGCCGGGUUAAUGCAUUACUGUUUGAGUUGGGUUUGAUCUGUCCUAGAGCCUGAGAACAGGUGAAUAACUCUUACUACACAUAUGCAUAAUAAAAAAUGACAUCCUAAGUUGUAGCCAAAAGCAUGGAAUCACCGAUGGCCAGUUAGUUGUGGUGGACAGCUGUGAGCUUUGCUGCUAUGGUAUUGGAGUGAGUGCUGCUCAACAGGCUUGUGAAUGGGCUAAAUACUUCUAUUCAAAUGAACAGACAGAACUCAAUUUAUUGCAAUUUUUCCACAGUUCAAAUCACAGUCUAGUGAGUUAAGAGAAAAACUAGCGUUGAAAUUCUCCCAGAACACAGGGUAUGUGGGUUUAAUAUUUUUUUUAUUCUUAAAAGUAAACAUGUAAGAAAGAAAUAUUCUUGUGUAUUCUGCUUAUUCAGCCUCAGGACCAAAUAGCUUUUACUACAUAUUUGUGCUGCUGUCUUAAAUGUUUUCAGCAUUGAACUAGUUCUCACAUCUAAAUGUAAACUUACUACUGCUGAGCAUGUAGUAUUCCAGACUAACAUGUUCAGCUUAUCUAGAAUAUGUAUAUAGGAGUAAAGGAAAAGGAAGAUUUCAGCUUUAGCUGUUUCUAAAAGAAAAAAAAAUGUCUUCACUCAUCUUACAUGUACUCUGAGAGCUGUUAUUUCAUGUCUGAAUUACUUUAGCACAUAACAUUACAGCACAAGGCACUGUGGCUUUCCUCCUACUGGCUGCAAGACCUGCUUGAUGCAGAUCAGCAGCAAGAAGAGAUGAGCCAGCAGUAGCAUACAGACAGUGCAGCACAGCCUGCGUAUAGCAGGUGGGGAAGGUUUUCAUCUGAAGCUGCAUUGUAAGAUUCCCUGUAUCUACUGAGAUAGCCUCAUUUGCUGGUGAGAGGAGGUAGGGAACUACCCAUCACCAGCAUCCCAGCUAAGAAAUGUUUUAUUCUUGUCAUUUUCAUAAGUACUCAGCCUGUAGGGCAAGGAUCAUUUAAACCUCUCCCCAUAAUAAACCACAGCUGCACUUGCUGAUCCCAUUAUGCAAGACUUAUUUGCAAAGGUACUUUUUUUCAUGUAAGUUGAAACCAGUGAAUGAGUUGAGCACUUGGCUAGUGUCAUUAAGAGUCAGAGUUCUUAAGAACACAGCAGAAGUGGGAUUACUGCAGAACAAGAUUCUCUUUAGAAGCCUGCUGUGUGUACUCUUCCUCUAGAAGAUCUAUAUACUUUAUAUCUGAAGAGGAUUAAAGAUAACAUGAGUUUUUAAUUUA